GCCACCACGAGUUUCUUCAACUAGAUCUUAGUCUAGUCUAUCUAAAGUUGUCAUCUCAAGUUAGAGAGAUGUCCACCAUUACAGUCUACCUUUUGCUCUCACUGUCUGUGCUGUGCACUAUCAAUGGGCAAGGUCAGAGCUGCCUUGAUGGGUUUCCUUCAGUCACCGACAACAUCUGUACAUCAUCAUCAUGUCCCUUCCAGGGGAUAAAUAACUUACGGCAACUACGACUCUUCCCUUCCAUGAGGAUUACUUGUAAUGGGAUGCUAGUGGAAUUGUCUGUAGCAGGAGAGACUGGGAAUGGAAGAGAUUCCACUAUUUUGCAGAUUUGGAGACCCACUGGCCCCACGUCCAAUGACUAUGAGAGAAUCAGUGAAUACACAUUCCCAAUUGGAUGCACUCAGACUGACAAUGUCUGGCAGUGCACAGUCAGUCCAUCCAUUAACGUUGAGGUGGGAGACAUCAUUGGAAUCAAUCUCUCUUAUAAGAGUAAAGGGCAAUCAGCAUUUCAAAUUUACUUCACGUCCUCAUCAUCUUCUACCAGCUACAUACUAGGCAAUACAUCAGCCUCAACAUUCUCAGUACCUGGAUCUACUGCUGCCAGUCCUAGUGCUCAACCUGUGCUGACUCUGGACAUUCAGAAACAAGUCACUGAGACCCCAACUACUCAGCCCACAACACAGGCCCCAACUACUGAGCUGACAACACAGGCCCCAACUACUCAGCCCACGGCCCCAACUACUGAGCUGACAACACAGGCCUCGACUCCUGAGCCGACAACACAGGCCCCAACUCCUGAGCCGACAACAACACAGGCCCCAACUACUGAGCCGACAACAACACAGGCCCCAACUCCUGAGCCGACAACACAGGCCCCGACUCCUGAGCCGACAACACAGACCUCAACUUCUGUGCCGACAACACAGGCCUCGACUCCUGAGCCGACAACACAGACCUCAACUUCUGUGCCGACAACACAGGCCCCGACUCCUGAGCCGACAACACAGACCUCAACUUCUGUGCCGACAACACAGGCCCCGACUCCUGAGCCGACAACACAGGCCCCAACUACUGAGCUGACAACACAGGCCCCGACUCCUGAGCCGACAAAACAGGUCCCAACUACUGAGCCGACUCCUGUGCCGACAACACAGACCCCAACUCCUGAGCUGACAACUACUCAGCCCACUCCGCCAGAAGACCAAACUACUGCAGCAGGUGCUGGGCAGUCAGGUAGAGGUACAGAGAUAGCUGGUCCGUUGGUUGGUGGUGUGGUUGGUGUGCUACUGUUGGUGCUGAUUGUUGUCAUUGUUGUCAUAUUUCUGUUGUGGAACCGAAAGAGAAGUAGAUAUAACAUGAACAAAGAAAGACGCGGUGGUACCACUUAUAUUGAGAACAUGACAUAUGAUGAUGUCUGCUUAAACACUGCUAAUGUGAAGUCUGGUUCUGUUUUCCUACCAAUGGAUAAUGUCAACUAUGAUUGUCCUGAUAUGAUCAUGGAGAACUGUGGUGACUAUGACGAUAUUAAUGAUAAUGUACCCGUGGGAGAUUACGAAACAACAAUUGAUCCGAAUGACUAUUGCUCCACCCCUCUACCACCUCUCUCUGGGUAUGAGGACCCCAUGGCAGGUUUGGAAUACGAGGCCCCAGUCUCCACUCUGGGAAAGGGGAUGAGCCCCCCCGGAGAGUGGGGGUUGGUGGUGCCAUCACAGGAGCAGAGGAGCAAGGCCUCAACUCAGAAUGGUGUCUCAGGGAAAGACCUCUAUGCUGCCAUCAAAACAUCCCAGUACAGCUAUGCGGGACCAGCUCCCAAGUUCUUUGAGGAGUGUGAGACGUACUGGGCACCGUCCUCACAGGCUAACGAACUCUAUGAGCAGCUGGCAACAAGGAAGUACCGGGAGAUACUCAGAGAACAAAUACAGAUCACCGAGUUCCUAGGGAGUGGAGCAUUUGGAACAGUCAACAAGGGACUGUGGCAGAGCCCGGGGGGAGCCAUGGAGGUGGCCAUCAAGACAAACCAGAGCAAAGACGAGGAAGACAAAGUCAAGUUUCUCCAGGAGGCGGCCAUCAUGGGUCAGUUCAGACAUCCCAACGUGGUCAAGCUGUAUGGAGUAGUCACUGUGGGGGAACCAGUGAUGAUUGUUUUGGAUUUACUGUCAAAUGGAGACUUGCGAAACUUUCUCAUAAAGAUACAACCGGAGCCAGGAGAGAUGGUUCCUUCAAACACUCCUAAACUAUUGUUGAAGUUCUGUCAGCAAAUCUCGAGUGGAAUGGACUAUCUUGCCAGGAAAGCAUUUGUGCACAGAGAUCUUGCAGCCAGGAACAUACUGGUGUCAGAGGACAAAGUGUGCAAGAUCAGUGAUUUUGGCAUGUCACGUGAUCUGAUGGACGAGAGUUACUAUGUGUCCCAGGGAGGCAAGAUACCAGUCAAGUGGACAGCCCCAGAGGCACUCCACUACAAGAAGUAUUCGGUGGCCAGUGAUGUGUGGAGCUUUGGUUGUGUCAUGUACGAGAUAUGGAGUCUGGGGCACAAACCAUUUGAGGCUUUCUCUAAUGUGGAGACGAUCAAGAUGGUAGACAAGGGAGUUCGGUUGGCACCUCCACCUGGGUGCCCUCGAGAGCUAUACAAACUCAUGGUUGAGUGCUGGCAUUCUGAGACGUCUAGACGUCCCUCGUUCCACCAGCUGGUGGAGAUGCUCUCACAGGCGGACUUUGAACUGCUCCUCUGGAAUAAGACUGACAGUGGAGUGGGGCCGCAGGUGACGGUGGUGGGGGCGUCAUUGGAGGCAGCAAAGAACUUGUACACUGACUUGCAGAAUGCGUAUAUUAAGCAACCAAACAAAGAUUAAAUUUAUGUUUGUGUCCAUGUGUUAUUUUUAUUUGUUUGUUGUGUGUACAUUCUAUAUACAUUGUCCUAAUCAUUGCACCCCCAUAUUUUGCAUUAUUGUCAAUGAAACCUUACAAUGUG